UUUUUUGUCGGCCAACUGAAAAACGCCACCCGGCAAAAAUGAUGACAGCGUGACGUUUCGGCAGCAUCCUCCCUGAAUGUCGAAGUGCCCCCAUGGAUGACCUGACCCAAGCCCUCUCGGCCAGCUUUGCUGUGUCCAAGGAGCCCAACAGUACAGCCUGCCCCCACCCUCGGCUGGCCCAGUACAAAAGCAAGUACAGUGUGCUGGAGCAGAGUGAGCGACGGCAGCGUUUUCUUGAUUGGCAAAAAAGUAAAAGGUUAAACUAUGUCAACCAUGCACGGCGUCUGGCUGAUGGGGAUUGGACAGGGGCAGACAGUGAUGGGGAGGAAGAUAUGGAGAAACAGGAGAAGGGAGAACGAGCACAGGAUGGCAACACAGAAGAGGAGGAGAUGGAGAUCGAGAGGAGGAAGCUGCCAAAACAUUAUGCAAACCAGCUCAUGCUAUCAGAGUGGCUAGUGGAUGUACCAUCAGAGCUGGACACUGAUUGGCUGAUGGUGGUCUCUCCUGUGGGCAAAAGAUCUCUGAUUGUUGCCUCUAAGGGUUCCACUGCAGCGUACACCAAAAGUGGCUAUUGUGUGAACCGUUUCCCCUCCCUGCUGCCUGGUGGGAACAGACACAACUCUGCUAUGGGAAAAGACUACACAAUCUUGGACUGCAUUUACAGCGAGGUGGACAGAACUUACUACAUUCUGGACGUCAUGUGCUGGAGAGGCCACCCGGUCUACGACUGCCCAACCGAGUUCCGUUUCUUUUGGCUCCAGUCCAAAGUCCAGGAGACCGACAGCCUAUCGGAGAUCACCAAACGCAACCCUUUCCGGUUUGUGGGGCUCCAGAGCACAGACUGCACAGCAGAAUCAAUAAAGGCAGCCCUGGCAGCAGAGUACAGCUUCAGUGUGGAUGGUCUCCUCUUCUACCAUCGGCAGACCCACUACACCCCUGGCAGCACCCCUCUGGUCGGCUGGCUUCGCCCUUACAUGGUCACUGACAUCCUGGGUAUAGAAGUUCCUGCAGGACCUCUCACCAAGAAGCCGGAAUAUGCCAGCCAUCAGCUACAGCAGAUACUGGAACAUAAGAAAACAUCAAGUGAAGUCCGCCCGGCCAACAGAAGCGGAGGUUAUGAGUUAGAGUACCUGUCUACUCCAAACCAGGGCAGUGAGGACGCUCUGAACUCUUUGAAACAGACACCAAUACGAGAAGCAUAUAUGGAGAUCUGAUUGGGAGGCUUAACGAGAUGCAAAUUCUAAAUGGUGGUGAAAGCCCAUAUAUGGUUCUUUAGAAUGUCUUCUGAAUGGUUCUGCAGAUCUGACCAAUUGCAAAGCAUGGCUAAUUUUAAUCCGGCACUGCUCUGGACGUCCUCAGAGUGCAGAUUACUGGACCUGUGCUGUAGAAAAUACGUUCUGACACUUACCGGCUGUACCUUCUAGAAAAGACUUUGCUCACGCAGUAUUUCACCACAUGCAUAUUCCUAACAUCAUACGUCUGCAGCUGCAGUUAGAAUAGAAUGAGAAACGUGUUCGCAUAAAUGGCCGAAGUGCAGCACAGUGAAGGUUGUGAUCUACCUUUUUUUUCACUUGAGCAGGGUCUUGAAAAGAAGCAUCUCAUCCUUACUGUUGUCAGGGUUAUGCAGGUUUAUUGCAGAAAUUUUUGGAGCAGUUCGCUCAUUAGCUGAGCAAACGCUACAGAGUCUGCAGAAUGAACACUCAGCAAUUUGGAAGGCGCGGUAAUGCUGACUGGUCACAUCCUGUUAGUUAGUGCUUAUCAGCAACAGGGACAUGGGUUUUUACAAUGUAAUGUUGAAUUUGAAAUUGCUUAGGAAAUGUUUUAAACUGUGUAUUCUAAAUAAAUGUUUUUUUAUCUGC